CGGUGGGGUUGGUGGGGUUGGUGAGGCAUGGAGCGGGUGGGCGGCGGCGGCGAUUGCUGCGGCUCCUCCUCCGCAGACCCGCGAAGCACCUUCGUGCUGAGUAACCUAGCGGAGGUGGUGGAGCGUGUCUUCACCUUCCUGCCCGCUAAGGCGCUGCUGCGGGUGGCCGGCGUGUGCCGCUUAUGGAGGGAGUGUGUGCGCAGAGUGUUGCGGACUCAUCGGAAUGUGACCUGGAUCUCCGCGCUCUCGUCGGAUCCCUGCCAUCUGGCGCAGCAUUGCCUGGUCCGCGUGGUAGCUGAAGAGCUUGAGAAUGUCCAUAUAUUACCACAGACAGUUCUUUACAUGGCUGAUUCAGAAAAUUUCAUUAAUCUGGAGGAGUGUCGUGGCCAUAAGAGAGACCUUAAAUGGAUGGCCUGGAUAAUCUUCUGUAUUACUGCAGCCAGGAAAAGAACUACUAUGGAAGCGGCGUUUGCCCUUGAGAAGCUCUUCCCAAAACAAUGCCAAGUCCUUGGGAUUGCGACCCCAGGAAUUGUAGUGACACCAAUAGGAUCACGCAGCAAUCGACCUCAGGAGAUAGAGAUUGGAGAAUCUGGUUUCGCUCUAUUAUUUCCUCAAAUUGAAGGAAUAAAAAUAAAGACCUUUCAUUUUAUUAAGGAUCCAAAGAAAUUAACUCUAGAAAGGCAUCAGCUCACUGAAGUAGGUCUUUUAGAUAACCCUGAGCUUCGCGUGGUCCUUGUAUUUGGCUAUAACUGCUGUAAGGUGGGAGCCAGUAAUUACCUGCAGCGAGUCGUCAGCACUUUCAGUGAUAUGAAUGUCCUCUUGGCUGGAGGCCAGGUGGACAACCUGGCGUCGCUGACUUCUGAAAAGAGCCCCCUGGACAUUGAUGCCACUGGUGUGGUCGGACUGUCAUUUAGCGGACACCAAGUCCAGGGUGCCACAGUGCUCCUCAGCGAGGAUGUCAGUGACGAGAAGACUGCUGACGCCGCAAUGCAGCGCCUCAAGGCAGCGGACAUUCCAGAGCAGAACACCAUUGGCUUCAUGUUUGCAUGCGUCGGCAGGGGCUCUCAGUAUUACAGAGCCAAGAAGAAUGUGGAGGCUGAUGCAUUUAGAAAGUUUUUUCCUAGUGUUCCUUUAUUUGGGUUCUUUGGAAAUGGAGAAAUUGGAUGUGAUCGCAUAGUCACUGGGAACUUCAUAUUGAAGAAAUGUAAUGAGUUUAACUAUAACGAUCUGUUUCACAGCUAUACAACAAUAAUGGCACUGAUUCACCUUGGGUCAUCUAAAUAAAGCCACCUGUAAAGUGGCUUUCACAAUAUGUAGCUUGUAGGCUCUGCCUUUUCUGGAAAAUGGAAACUUGGGAGGUGUAUAUUUCAGACAAAAGAAACUUUAUAUGUAUCUGUUUUAUAGCUUUGACACUCUAAAGAUUUUUUUUGGCAGUUUUUAAUGUAUUAGAGGAAGGAUAACUUUGUAUAUAACAUAAUGGGGACCCAGAGUUGAGAACUUUUGCAUCAGGCACAAGUGAACAAUUAUGACUAGCGCACCAGGCUGUGUGACUGCUGUAUGACAGGACUUUACAUAGUCUUCUGCAUGGAAAGACUGAGAAAGGAUCCAUCAAAGGAAGGAGAGCUGAGACAUUCCAUGACUACCUCUGCAGUGGGAGACGAUCUUUCAGCAGCAUCAUGAAGAUUUUUUUUCCUUCCUUAAUAAAAGAGAAAACUAUACAGAUGGCUUGAUAAAUUUUUCUCUGCUUUACAGUUUCACCAUGUUUUUCAGAAGCUGUAACAAAAUUAUUACUGACUUUUUACUUGAUAAGUAUAUUAAAGAACUGUUUUGUUUUAGUACUCUAUAAAGUUGCUUAGUCAAAUGAAUUGCCAAGACUAAUCCAUAUUCUAAGGGAAAACAUUUUCCUUUUCCCUCAAUAAAGACAUUGCAUCAUGGACAAAGGAUCGAAGCUCGAGUCACACUUGGGUAUCAGCUGUUGCCUUUGUGUGCUAGAGUCCUUGAAGAGUAACUGCUGACCUUAGUCACUCACUGUGGCCCUCAGGGCAUAGUCACCAGCAAAUAAACAUCAAUGUUGAGAUUAAAAAAAAAAAA